AUGACUUGUUUAAGCACCUUUACUUGCACACAUUCCGAGAAGUUUUUCGUGGGAAUGGACGAUUUAGGACCAGAUCAAAUACAAGUUUUGCCUGACAAUGAUCCUACACCAACGUCACCAACUGGAACGACCAAUCAAUCACGGUAUCUUCAAUCGCGUCUGAGUCCUCCGAAAAAAUCAACUCCAAUGAAUAAGGAAUCUGAUUUUGACAAAGAAAUGGAGGUUUCACAAGAAUCUCUGUUAUCCGACACGCCAGUUGAAUACGGCUACUUAAAACAUAUUCAAACAUACAAAGGUUUAUGCAACCCAAAUGAUAAGUCUCUCAAGAAAAAAGUCAGAGAAUUCUACAAGAAUCAAUUGGAUUUUAUUGGUUCGCUCGAAGCGAUACUGGUGCCGAAUACUAAUGACGAAAAUUUAGCAACAUCUCGUCUGAAGCGACAAGACCGUAUCAUUGCAAUACUUACAACAGCCGCUCUGAUCAUUAAUAUUGUUCUAGUGAUCAUCAAAAUAAUAGGUGCUGUCGUAUCAAAAUCACUCUCGGUUAUUUCGUCGGUCGUCGAUGGCGUACUUGAUCUUCUCAGCAGUAUUAUACUUCUGUGGACAGCUCGUAAAGUUAAAAAACGAAAUCUCUAUAAAUAUCCUACGGGACGAGCACGUCUUGAACCAACCGCUAUUCUUAUUCUGUCUGUCGUCAUGUGUGUUGUAAGUGCACAAGUGAUACUUGAAAGUAUUCAAACAUUGUCUCAAGAUAUCGAAUAUUUUACAAAAAGCCACAAUGAUUCGUCAUGCAUUAAAUUGCCCGAUUUAGAUAUGAGUACAUUGCCCAUUAUUGUCAUGAUAUUCACUAUAGUGUGCAAAGCCAUACUUUUUAUGCUAUGCUAUCGAAUAAAUAAUCCAACCAUGUCUGCUCUUGCUGAGGACAAUCGAAACGAUGUUGCAUCAAAUAUUGUGGCACUUGUCUGCGGACUUAUCGGUUCCAAUGCUCUACACAAAAAGAUAAAACAAGAGGCUAUUGUUGUUGAUCCGAUUGGUGCCCUUCUCAUCUCAGUGUAUAUCAUAACUGCCUGGACUCGACAAGCUUACAAACAGGUUCGUCACCUGACUGGAAUAACGGCUGAACCAUCAUUUCUUCAGCGUAUUACUCAUCUUGUCUACAAUUUCCGUCCGGAUGUGGUGACAAAAAUCGAUACUGUUCAAGCUUUUCAUUGUGGCACAAAAUUUUUCGUUGAAGUUGACAUCGGUUUACCAGAAGCAAAAGUCAUUGAUACAAUCUUGGUAGCAAAAAGUGUCGUCAUGAAGAUCUAUAUUCGAACACAUACAGGAAGAGGACGACUACUCGAGUUUUAUGUCGAACCCACUACCACUGUUAAACAACUUAAGCAGUUAACUUGUGAAAAGACCAAUGACGAUGAAGAUGCAUUAAGGAUAUUACAACAUAUUAGAUUGGCUAUUUGUCUUGUAAAAGAAUAUCAAUUUCGUGAGAUAACUCGAAUUGAACAAGUGAUUACAUAUCAAAAAUGUAUGAUUGAAUGA